AUGCCAACUUCUCCUAAUGAUGUUGAUACCAACUAUGCCCCGAAUUUAUACAACGUGCGCUGGCAAUUCAUCGAUUCUUCAGAUAACAGUCGAGCCAACUUGACGCAAGUGAAGCGCCAUGUCAUGCAAGAGUAUAUGCGCCAGAAGAAGAGCGGCACUCGUCAAAGUGAGGGCGAGGGGGAACACUCACCAACAAAGCCCGGGCGACCCAGAAAGACUCGGGUUGCAAAACGGAGGUCUGAGAAGCAAGCGAGAUCUAAAAGCGACAGCAAUAGCAAACAGCCUCGAGAGAGACGAUCAAUCAGGAAGCAGCCCGUCGCGUGUACCGAUGAUUUCAUCAACCAGGAGCGUAGGAGCGAUCUGGUGCAAACUUCCACCAUAUCGAAUGCCCUAUUGAAUGAAAGUGACGAUAUGUCCUCGAUUUUAUCUUUCCAAACAUCUCAUACCCAAUCUGGCUCCUCCUUGCCAAUUGACAACUUUGGCAAUAUACCUUCACCCAGUUCUCAGCGUCACGAUCCAGAUUUUAACAAUCUCUCGUGGUCACCAACAUCCACGACAUCAUAUCAGUCCAUACAUUCACCAAAUAAUAUCGUGGAUGCUGCGCGACCAGACACAUUCAACACUAUUCCUAUGGAUUUGGAUCGAGAUGGUCAAGGGUUGUUUGAUCUCUGCUUCAAUGAUAUGCCAGGUUGCUCCUACGGACCCUCCUCUCGUUCGGCUCUAGCUCCUCACUGGUAUACUGCCGCGUUUGUUCCGGAGGAAAUGAAAGGCAAGACCCCAAACCCUCUUUCAAAUCGAGAUCAUGUUGGAACAGUGCUCCGAGACCAUCUCUCCAACAAUCCCCAUGAUACCUCCGAUGUAGCAAUCAUUUCCUGUCUGACUGCUGCAUCCUUGGAGUACAUUGAUUCACGACCAGGACAUAAGGAAAUUGGUCGGGUGCAUAUGCGGGCUGCACGCGAGAUGAUUCGAGCCCGAGGUGGUCCCUCUGCAUUUGCGAACACACCUAUCGGUACUUUUAUCAACUGGCAAGACUACAUCCCCUCGGGAUAUGAGCCACAAAGACCGAGCAUUUUCCAUGAAUACGAACAACCGACUCCCAUUUCAUCCGAGGCUUGGCCACUACCAGCACCCCAGCCCAUCCAAAACCUCCGUACAAUGUCAUCUUCACCAUAUUCCAUAUCCUCGGCGUUCUCAGAAGUCUCCACCAGUCCCGAGCCUCGAACCAUGCUACCAUCUCCCUUAAUAUCAUCAUCAUUAGAUGAGAUUAAACUUCAAUGUGAAGAAUUUCUCGACUUCCUUCGUCGCUGUGAACACCUCGCCCUGUACCAGCGCGAGCAUCCCCAAUCAUCGUAUAUUAUCCGGCAUACGGCAGUUCAAGAAACGUCCAACCUCCGCCAGAUCCUCGUCUCGACCCCAGACGGCCGAUCUACCACAUCGGAAGACCCGAAACGAACAAUUGCCCGCCUUACAACUUUGAUGGUACUCAAUGCAGCGCUGUGGGAUUACCGUUACACCCCGGCCCGCACAGCCAUAUUUCUCAGCACGCUCGAAAAGGCCAUGGCUGACACGGAAGUCGAGAUGAGUGGCUCGGUCGAAACCAUUCUUCAGAUCUUACUCGAAUGCAACGACGGCUCUAUCGAGAGCGGGCCUAUCUAUUCAAACAGUGUCACACCCCCUGCUCUAGGGGAGUACCUCCCAGACUUCUCCCAGUACUAUCCGACGGCUACUUCGCCUUUUGCACGCCCGUGGUUUGUUGGCCGCAUGCUGAAAGUUGCGAUACGGUUGAGUGACUUCUCGUGGCACCGCAUCAGUGAGCUUCUAUUUUCCUGUCUGACUCUCCAAGUCCAGGAUUCAUCAACGGCUCUUUGGGAAGCGGAUCUUCGAAAGGAGGUUUUUGAUGCUCCGUUGACUGGCCAUGAUAUGCACUCAUUGAUUAAAUGA